AAUACCACAAGCACACCUACUGAACAAACAAUAGUACGUAAGGUAGCCGUAAUGGAAGACCUGUGGCCGCUUAUUUGGCACCGGUCCAAAUUUCUUCCGAUGAAUAAUCUAUCACACGCAUGCAACAUGCCUACCUAAAUGUCGAUUUAGAUACCGGCAACGUCGUUCACAAUGGAAGUGGCAUUUGAAUAACACCCGUGAACUGCAAUUCACUCAGGUUCCCACCAUCACAUUUGAGACAAUGUGUGAUAUCUGACUGGCCUUCCGAAUUCGAACCGAUUACUUGCUUUAGGCUUGACUGCAGUUUGCAGCCAAUUUCAUUGUUAGGAUCCACGGGAGGUCGGUUGAAUUCUAAAUUACAUCACCGUGAUCAUCUGGACAUCGCAUUGCCUACGCAGCUCAAGCACAGUGAAUGAAUGUAACGACACUCAUCCCCUGAUUAGAUUAGCCUGAUUUCUACGAGAAGAGGUCCUGACUUACAAACCUCUUCACGUCACUCGAACGUUGGUCAAAAGCACUGGACCAGAGACAUCCAGAUGCUGUUAUUUAUGCGAGAAUUGCCAUUUGCUCCCAGAUAAAGAAACAGGAUAUAGAAUGGCUGCAGGCAUGGAGUGAGCUCUGCUGAACGAAAUUCAAUGUCGGCACUUCAGUGUGGUAGUGCCAGUGAGGCGAAUGAAUAAUAUACAUUCAUGGGAGUAUCUCUCUUAUAAUCAAUCGCAUAAAAUAGGAAAUUGGCAAAACGUCCGUGGGGCAUUCGUAGCAGACCAUUUAAGCAUCACAACGCAGUAUUUCAAGGUCAAAAUGCUGGCAGCGUCAACUACGAGGAUAAUACGCAGAGUAUUUGGCGAACUGAGGUAAACAGAUCCCAGUCACCUGUAAUACGGGACCGAGGGUAGUAGGGUUAUUUACAGGUUGGGCCGGGGAACACACAGACCACGAGGUCAAGUAAUUGUACGACAAGAAAAGCGAUUGGAAUGCGCGGCUGUGCUUUGAGUGCUUGAGAAAUAGUUUCCCCAUCCCCUAAAACUAACCCCUAUCACAAACCUCCAAUCCCAACCCUAAACCCUAACCGCAGCCCUUAAUCAUAAACCUGAAACAUUCAACCCAAAACUAAGAAGGAGACGACAGGCCGAAAGUCAUGAAUGACCACAUGCAUUUGGGCCGAAGAAGGUAGGGACAGCAACAAAGAAACAAGGCCGCCAACAGAAGACACACCGCAAAGCACAGCAACGCCAUGCCAUCAAUUCACACCAACUAAAAAUAAUUAAGUAAGUCAACAGUAUUGUGUACAUCAGGUGAGGCUACAUAACCACAUCGUACUGACGGAAAACACACGCUGCAUCAGCUGACCUGGAUUAGUUUGCUUCACGAGGUGGUUAUUGCAGUGACUAUCUGCCGAGGUCAGGAGAGGAGCAUGGAAUGGUACAGAAGGACCGUGCCCAUAAAACACCAGAUGCGUUUGAUUCAUGAAAGUGCAUACUUCCCGUAGCACCUAGAAGUCUUAAGUGGGCAACAAAAUCAACGCGAAAAUUAGAGGGUAAUUACCGGCCAUAUCCAAUGUGUGCUUCGUAUCAGAGUGAAAGCAGCCACGGUGAUUUGCUGGUGCACUUGCUGGCACUCAACUCUCACCUGUGGCUCCACGUAGCUGGGCCUUGCUCAGCGGCCACACCCCGGGCAACCGUCUCGACCGGCGGGCUAAACCAGGUGAGGGGGCCCUGUGCGCUGUGCCGUGUGCACAGGGUUUGCGGACUCCGCUGGAUGGAAGGUCGGAUGGAAACUUGCGUCGGCACCGUCGUGACGUGGUCCGUCUCUGCACUCCGGACUGCCGGUGACAUGAUGGAACUCCUACUCGACCUCGCCUUGAUGCGCCCACCUACGUCGUCGGAGGCCGCAGCCUACGGCGAAUUCGAGUCGCUCUCCACUACAAACAUAAAACCGUGGUACCAUAGCGGAGUUCGGCCAAGCCAAUCGGCACAUGGCAGCCCUAUUCAGGGGUGGCACUGCCAGCCCCCUCGAGGGGAAGGGCCUAGAAAAGGUGGCGUAAACAUUGCUGGGCACCACGCCGUCUCCAGGCUAGCCAGGGCCGCAGACGUCUAAACAUGGUCGAAACAAUCAAAAUCGAAAGAACAACAAUACCUAUAACAAAAACAACCAUACUCAUCCUCCUCAUUCUAACUCGUCUUCACCUUCCUCCGUCUAUUCUUCUGCCUAUUCUUCUCCUUCGUCAUCUUCUCCUCCACCUCCUUCCCGUCGCCCCACUCGUUUUCCCCAGACUGACAGUUUGAGCCCACUCACUCUGGCAGCCUGGAAUGUUCGUUCCCUUUUAGACAAUCCGAGGAGCAACCGACCGGAACGGAGGACGGCGCUAGUGGCCCGGGAACUGGCGCGCUACAAGGUGGACAUCGCCGCACUCAGCGAGACCCGAUUCUCCGAACAAGGCCAACUGGAGGAGGUGGGUGCCGGUUACACCUUCUUCUGGAGUGGUCGACCCAGGGCAGAGCGACGGGACGCGAUGGUCGCCUUCGCCAUCCGGACCGACAUCGUGGGACGACUACCCUGUUUGCCGCAGGGUAUCAAUGAUCGCCUGAUGAGCCUCCGUCUGCAUCUGCGGAGUGGGGGCAAAUUCGCCACCAUCAUCAGCGCCUACGCUCCGCCGAUGAGCAGCCCUGACGCCGCCGCAAGAGACAAAUUCUACGAAGACCUGCACGCCCUCUUGGCGACUGUGUCGAAGGCGGACAAGUUGAUUGUCCUUGGCGACUUCAACGCUCGCGUCGGCACAGACCAUACUGCCUGGAGGGGAGUGCUGGGUCCUCAUGGUCUCCGCGGCUCCAACGACAACGGCCUGCUGCUCCUACGCACCUGCGCAGAACACCGCCUCAUCCUGACGAACACGUUCUUCUGUCUGCCGGAGCGAGAGAAGGCCACCUGA